AGUGUAGUUCGUUGCUUCAUCGUGUACGGUUGUAUACUACAGAGUAAAAGAAGAAACAAAAAUUUAUAUCUAUUUCUUUUCAAACUUAAGUUAUAAACGUAAAAAAAUAUUUGAAAAAUACGAAAUUUUUUUUUUAAGAAAACCUAAACACAUUUAUAUAAAACGAAAUAUUUAAAUCAACCCAAUACCGUGACUAAAGCGAACACUUGGAUUAUCGCUCACGGUUAUAAACAAAACCUGAAAUUUAUAAAAAAAACAAAAUAUUUAAUAAUUUUUAAAGUGCUAUAAAAGUGUUUAACAAAAUUUUUUUGUGUUGACAUUGGAAAAAUUUUCAUUAUUUGAAAGUUGUUACUUUGGAAAAGAAAAUUUCCAAAAAACCACAAGAUUUAAAGAAUAUGGAACUUUAACAGCUUAGUUAGUCUUUGUAACAAAAGCACCAAAAAACAUCCCAAACAUCUUUAAAAUUAUUCAAAACUUUUCAUCAAAACGAAAAAAAAAAAACAAAUUUUCAUCUUCCUCGACAACAACAAAAAAACCUCAAAUUAAACAACAUGUUUCUACAAAUUAUCAGCAUUUUAAGCGUCGUAAUCGCUCUUAUCUGCCCACAAAUUCAGGCUUUAGCCAAUUGUCCUCCCGGCUGUCAAUGUGAUGACAACACUUUAAUUGUACAGUGCGGUGAGGGUCAUCUAGAUGUUCUACCCAUCGCACUCAAUCCCUCCAUACAACGUUUGGUCAUUAAGAAUAAUAAAAUCAAGACCAUCGAUUCAUCCAUACAAUUCUAUGCUGAAUUGACUUUUUUGGAUUUAUCUUCGAAUCAUUUGAUGAAUAUACCGCAAAGAACUUUUGCCUAUCAGCGUAAAUUGCAAGAAGUCCAUUUGCAGUACAAUAAAAUCGGUCAAAUAAGCAAUAAAACCUUUAUUGGUUUAGCCGCUGUUACCGUUUUAAAUUUGCGCGGUAAUUUGAUAUCGGAAUUGCAUCAGGGCACUUUUGCUCCUUUGGGCAAAAUAGAGGAAUUGAAUUUGGGUGAGAAUCGUAUUGGCUAUAUUGAUCCCAAGGCUUUUGAUGGUCUCACACAAUUGAGAAUUUUGUAUUUGGAUGAUAAUGCCUUGACCUCUAUACCCGAUCCUAUACACUUUCAGGCCAUGCCUUUGUUGGCUGAAUUGUAUUUGGGCAUGAAUAGUUUGUUGAGUGUGCCCUCUGCUGCCUUCCAGGAUUUGAAAGGUUUAAGCAGUUUGAAUUUGAAAGGAGCCGGUUUGCGUAAUCUUUCGCAUGAUUCUUUCCAAGGUUUGGAGGCCUUAAGAUCUUUGGAUUUAUCCGAUAAUCGUCUAACACGCAUACCCUCGGUGAGCCUUAGCAAGUUGGAACGUUUGGAGGAAUUGUUUUUGGGCCAAAAUGAUUUUGAAGCCAUUUUGGAGGGUGCCUUUGUGGGCUUGAAACAAUUGAAACGUUUAGAGAUUACUGGCGCCUUGAAAUUGAAACGUGUUAUGAAUGGUGCCUUUGCCUCCAACACUAAUUUGGAAUAUUUGAAUUUGGCCUCGAACAAAAUGUUAUUGGAGGUCCAAGAAGGAGCCUUAAGUGGUUUGCCUCAUUUGAAAUAUGUCAACUUAAAGGCUAAUGCCUUGACUACCUUGGCUGAGGGUUUAUUCCCCUGGAAAGAUUUGCAAACUUUGGAUAUCUCGGAGAAUCCUAUGGCCUGUGAUUGUCGUGUUAUGUGGUUGAGAAAUUUACUUAUUAGCAAAAACAAUAGCAACGAUAAUGUGGGAGAAGUAGUGUGCGAAUUCCCCGAACGUUUGAGAGGUGAAGAAUUAAAGAAUUUAAAUCCUGCUGUUAUGGGCUGCUCUCAUACCGAUCCCCGCAAACAGGCCUUGAUUGGAGCUUUAUUAGUAGGCACUGCCGCUACCGUCACCGCCUUGGCUUUGAUUGUCUACCGAUGCCGUCAUAAGAUUCGUGAAUACUUGAAGGGUGGUUUGUUUGGUAACUCUGCCUUGGGCCGUAAAGAACGUGAAUAUCAAAAGACUUUCUGUGAUGAAGACUAUAUGACUAGACAUCAACAUCAUCCCUGCAGUUUGGGCAUACAUUCCACCUUCCCCAACACCUAUACACCACAUCAUGUUAAUCAACAUCAUUAUGGACCCAUGUGCACUCUGCCCGUUAAUGGUGAUCAAAAGAAUUUCCAACAAUUACAAGUACCCACUGGCACCAUAAUGGCUGAUAAACAAUCUAUGAACUCAGCGAAAAAUAUAGAAGAUUCUGCCUCUUUUGUUAUGCAUAUGAAGACGGCUACAGCUCCUCCUCAGAAAUUGAAUCAUUAUACUAAACCUCAUUUCCUGCAACAAACAGCAGCUGUAGGUGAUUCCUGCUAUUCCUAUGCCGAUUUGCCUAUUGUCCAUGAUUCGGGUAAUCAAGAGCAUGUGCAACAGAAUCUUAACUAUCAACAGCAACCUUUGCACUAUGGCACGUCUCACGAUUACAGCAAUAGUGUGGCCAGCAGUGAAUUGGAUCCCAAUUAUAUCUACAGCAAUACCCACUAUUCAAUGCCGGUAGAACAGCAGCAAACCUCCGCAAUGAGAACCAAAACUCCUACACCACCACCCGUGCCACCAGCAUUGCCCCUAAGAAAUCCUCCUCAAAUGUUAACAGUCUCCACCACUGGUCGCCGUUCCUUUAAUCAUGGUAGCAGCAAACACUCCAAUAGCCAGCAGCAACAACAACAACAAUCAUCAGCAGCAGCAGCUGCAGUUGCUCACUCACAAACUAUGCGUUAUCAACACUGAUCUUGGAUGGAAUCGGGUAGUUUAAAAAAACCCAAGAAACGUUAUUUAGCUCCCACGGAAAAAUAUCCUUUGCAGCAAACUCCCUUAAGCUAUUACCGGCAAAAUCUAAGUAUAUGUGCUUAAACCAGGAGAGACUUAAUUUCCCUUAUUAUUCCUGCAAAAAGGGAACCACUGUGAUGUCAGACUAUCGUUAAUCUUAAAAAAAAAAACAAACACAUUGUACAGAACCAAUUUAAACACUAAAAAAAGACAAACAAACCAACAAAGACAAUUAGUUAUAGUUAAAACCUUUAAAUAUAAGUUUAAUUUUAAGCAAAACCACAACAACAACAACAUACAUUUUUCGUAUGUUUAAAAUAUCCCACUUUUGUAUAUAACUCACGAUCUCUAUAACACAACAAAAACAAAAAAAAAAAACUCAUAAUCAUCAACUUCAACUUCAUCUCUUCAAAACUUGUAUAAAUUAGUUAUUAAUGUUAAAACCCCCAGCACUGAAGUCAUUAUUAUUUCUUUCUUUAUUUUUAAUUACAAUUCUAUUGUAUUUAUUUUUAAGUAUUUUUUUUAUAUAAAUAAAAUUUUUUUUUAAAAACAAAAUAAUUAAUAAUUUAUUGUAUGUAUUCAAUGUUGAUUUUGUUUUUAGUUCUUUUAGUUUAAUACAAAAAAAAAAAAAAAACUUGACUAUAGCUUGUAAAUGCAUAUUUUUUGUAAAAAUAUUUUUAUGUAAAUUAUUUAGUUAGUGAUUUUUUUUAAGUAACAAAAAAACUAUUAAAAAACAACAACAACAAACAAACAAAAAUAAAAAGAAAUAAAAUAUAAAUUUUAUU